AUGGGAUACCUGCGGUCCAUCAACCAGACCAAGCAUCCGGUUUCCUGGUCCCGCCUCCGGUUGAAGCUCUUUCUCACCCGGAUCCUGAUGCAGAGGGUGAACCUUGCCAGUGGCACGUUUCGUCUGUCAGGUGUGCAAGCGAAGCAGCCAGCGCCAGCUGCAGUUCCCGGCCUCACUGGUUUUGCCGGAGAGUGCCUUCCAGGGCCACCCGUUGACCCUCCGCCUCCGGCGCCGGAGUUGCCUCCGCAGAGUGCAGCAGAUGGCCAUCCCGUCCACAAAGCCUUCGAGCCAGCCCUGGCAGAGCCUCUGGCGGAGCCUCUGGCAGCGCCUCAGGUGAAAGCUGCGCCGAGAGGCAAUGGGAAGGAUGUCGGGAUGCGAAGGUGUGAUCAGGCGCCUUCACGAUGGCUUGGGGGGCUGCGCCUGCCCGCAAAGCCAGUCCUGCAGUUCCAGCACCUGUUAACCUCUAUCAGCAGCAGCUCGGAUGGCACUGACGCCGCCAUGUUGCUUCUUUGCAAGUGGCAUGAGCAGCAUCGCAGAGACUUGGAGCGGCAAAAGCGCGAGGAGGAGGAGCUGAAACAGGCGAAAGAGGAGGCGGCGGCUGCGGCGGCUGCGGCGGCUGCGGCGGCUCGGGAGGCCGAGGAGCGCCGCGCCGCAGAGGCGGCAGAGGCAGAACGUGCGGCGGCGGAGGCCCAGGCGGCCAAGGAGGAAGAGGAAAGAAGAGAACGGGAGCGGAAGCUGAGGAAAGAGCAAGGCCAUCCCUGCCUGAUUGAUCGGCAGGCGGAGAGGCAGCGCAUCAUGCAAAUGUGGCAACAGGAGGCAGCUGGCCAAGAAGAGGCGUCAAGAGCGCAGGUGGCGCGCGCAAGCUCUGACCAGCUGACGGCGCACUUCUGGGGCCUGCCAGCACAACCCGUGUCCACAACACCUGUUUUUCCGCAGGGCCGCAUGCAGCAUUACCUGGACCAGCAAGUCCAGCCUCAGCAUGCAGCAGCUCCCUCCUCAACGUCACAGCCACGACACCACCCCAACGUUCCUCAGACACUUCCACAGCAUCUGUCGCCGCACUUGCUGCAGGCGCCCGGGCAGCAUCCUGCAGGUGGACCUGUGCAGCCUGCGGAGCAGGACCGCGACGACCUCACCGAGGCCUCCGAGGCUUCACCGCAGGUGCCGGAGAACGACGAUGCUGACACAGAGGCACCAACCGAAGAGUCCGACUACGAUCCCUUCGCCAGUGCAAAUGCGGCACAGGCUGCUCACUCUGCGAAGAACGAGAAGGAGUACAACCCCUUCGAACAGGCGGAGAGAGAUGCAGCAGCUGCAGAGGAUGACGAGGAGGACGAGGGAGCCUUUGAAUCCCUCAUUGAAAUGCUUCGAGCAGCGGAACGCGAGGGUGGCUCCGCCUCGUCUGUCGACCCCGCCCCGGCGCCGCAGGCGGCACAGCAGUCGCGACCGAUGGACACAGGCGAAGAGCAUUUCGCAAAGGCCAAGGCCAAGCCCAAGACUGAAUACCACUUCAACUGCGCCACGCAGCGGUGGGAGCCAAAGGCAGCACCGCCUUCUCCUCCGAAGCCAGAGCCCUUUCGCCCCGGUCCUGCAAUGCCAAGACAGCGGCCUCAGUACCAGCAGCAGGUUGUUCCGCCGCGACCGAUGGCACCGCAAGCGACGCAUGCACCGCCGCGAAGGCUGGUCAUCGCAGAAUGCGAGGCGGAAGCGAGGGCAGACGCCGCGAGCGGCAGCUGCAGUCUGGCACAGGCCCUUGCCGUGCGCUUAGCCCUGCGCUUCGAAUCCAGACCGAAGGAUAUCCUGGUGAGCAUGAGUGAAGCCGGUCUUCCUGCUGCCAAAGAUCAGCGCUCCACGGUGAAGACCAUCAUGCGGCUCUGCCACCCGGACAAGUGCAAACAUCCCGAGGCCAAGCGAGCGAUGCAGAUCCUGGGGCCUUUGCUGUCCUGA